AUGGGCUCCCUGGGGCGCUGCCUGGCCCGGAGCCUCCCGCGGGGGCAGCCGGGCCUGAGCCCCCCCGGGCCCCGCUGCUACGGCUCCGCGCCCCCGGCCCUGCAGGAGAAGACGCUGGUGGUGGCCAAGCCGGACGCGCUGCAGCGGCGGCUGCUGGGGGACAUCAUCCAGCGCUUCGAGCGCCGCGGCUUCAAACUGGUGGCCAUGAAGCUGCUCCAGGCGGACCGGAGGCUCGUGGACCAGCACUACGAGCAGCUGCGGCUGAAGCCCUUCUACCCCGCGCUCGUCGCGUACAUGACCUCGGGGCCGGUGGUGGCCAUGGUGUGGGAGGGAUACAACGUGGUGCGGUGCAUACGGGCCAUGGUCGGGGACAGCAGCACUGUGGGGACCAUCCGGGGAGACCUCAGCGUGCACAUCACCAGGAACCUGGUCCAUGCCAGUGACUCCGUGGAGACGGCCCAGAGAGAGAUUGGCUUCUGGUUCCAGCGGGACGAGCUGGUGGCCUGGGACAGCAGGGACAGGGACAACAUCUACGGGCUCUAGGGUCGGAGCCCGGCCAGGGGCACCCCCCGACCCCAAUAAACCCGGGUACCUCCAGCUCUGA